AUGAAGAAUUAUGCAUCACCCCAGCUAUAUACAAGUGGAAGAGGAAGCAUGCAAGACACUCCAUAUUAUAUGGAGUUGAAACCUAAAAAAAGUAAUUCCAAAAUAGCUAAAACUGAAAGAAUAACCGCCAAAAACCCUAAACAAGACUUAUUGGAAUACUUCAAAAAAGAACGAAAUACUCUCACCUAAGUAACAAAUACAAUUAAGACUUAACUUCAAUAAAAUCGAUCAAUUGACAAUUUAAAUAGUGAGAAGAGUGAGCGACUCAAAACUCUAAAUACUCAAUUUCAUCAAUUUCCUUUGUCUCUUGAUUAAAGGAUUCAUACUGAAGAUGGAAAUAACUUAAAAAGAUAAAUUCUUAAAGGAAAGAAUCUGUCCCUUGCCACAAUUUAGAUGGAAUCAAAGUAGUAGAAGAUAGCUAAUAAAUAAAACAAAGUUAAUCAAACACCUUAAAACACUUACAAGAUGCCAAAAUCUACAGUAAAUCAAUACUUCCAAGAUAUAUAGAUAAAAAGUGCAAAACAAUAUAAAAAUAAUCAUUAUCUGGAUUAUCAGCAAUAUUUCAAUGUAAAGCCAAACAAAAAUUCAUUAUUGCAAGAAUCUUAAACAUUAAAAUAAUCUAUUGAAUAUAUUUUGACUAAAAAUAAGAGUGAUGCUAAAAAGGUUAUCAAGAGAGUUGACUCAACUGAACUGCGUUCAAUCAAUCAAUCUACUCAAUAAAGAAGUGAUUCUAUCAAAAAAAUUAACAGGGCAGAAGAAUCAAAUCAUUAUGAUUAAAGAAAGUAACUAAAAAUUAUUUUAUUUUACAAGAGCUAAAAGUAAUGUAUAUUUGAUAUUAUUAUUUAGAUACAAUUAUUUAUUCGACUAUCAAAACUAAACAACUGAUAAUUUGUAUAAUUUUUUGAUCAAAUAGAUAGCUUGUAUUGAGAAAUCUUUUGUAAAAUAAGGAGGAGGAACAGGAUCAACUGAGGAAGAUUAAAUAUAAUUAGGUAUUUUAUAUAAUAUUAGAAUUAGAAAUCAAUAAAAUAUGUCAAUUUUAUUGUAUAUAAAAGAAUAUACCUUAUGAUUAUUAUCUAAGCCUUCCAAAUUUACCAUUAGGGGUAUUUUAAGGAAUUACAUUAUAAUUAUAACCAUUAUUUUCAUAGACUGCUUCAGGUAAGAGAGUUACAUUGAAAGAUUUCACACUUGUCAAAUGCAUUGGAGUAGGUGGGUUUUCAAGGGUUUAUUUAGUAAGAAAAAGAGAUAAUGGAAAUUUUUAUGCUUUAAAAUUGAUUGAUAAGAAUUUCAUAAUGGAAAAUUAAAAGGAAAUCAUAGUUCAAAAUGAAAGAGACAUAAUGGUAAAAAUGGACAAUUAAUACAUUACUCCUUUACAUUUUGCUUUUGAAACAAAAUAUUAUAUUGCUUUUGUUCUUGAUUAUUGUGCAGGAGGGGAAUUGUUUUAUCAUUUGAGAAAACUUAAAAGAUUAAAUGAGUAAGAUGCUAAAUAUUACUUUGUUGAAAUUUGUAUAGGAAUGGCAUAUCUACAUUCCUAAAAUAUAAUAUAUCGAGAUAUCAAACCAGAGAAUAUUUUAUUGGAUUUACAUGGACAUUUAUUGCUCAGUGAUUUUGGACUUAGUAAACCUAAUAUGUCCUAAGAUGAUUUUGCUUAUUCUUUUUGUGGAUCACCUGAAUAUAUGGCACCAGAGAUGUUACUCAAAACUGGUCACAAUUAUUUAGUUGAUUGUUAUUGUUUAGGGGCAUUGUUAUAUGAAUUAGUUACAGGAUUGCCACCAUUCUAUUCUCAUAAUACUUAAGAAAUCUAUAAUUCAAUCUUGACUGAAUAGGUUCUAUUUCCACCUUAUGUCUAAAUAUCUGAUUAGUUAAAAGACUUGAUUUAUUAAUUAUUAGAAAAGGAACCUUCAUAAAGGAUUGGCUAGACUUAAGGAGUAAUUGAAAUCUUAACUCAUCCAUGGUUUGCUGAAGUUGAUUUUGAAGCAAUAGUAAAUUAAAAAAUCAAGACUCCCUAUAAACCAGAACCUUUGAAAUAUAAUUUUGAUGAAGAAGAGUUUAAUAAAGGAGAUGCUGAAUUUAGAAAAUAAUACAAUAUCAAUUUAUAAAAAGAAUAUGUAAAAUUUAUAUAUUUAUUUAGAAUAAUGAUGAUUUUGGUAAUCUCAUUCUUCAAAAUUUUUAUUUUUCUAGAGAAGAUCUUCCAUAAAAGCCAGAGCACAAAUCAAAAAGAUCAAAUGUUAUCGAUCUCAAGCAUCUUAACUUAGAAGAUUUACCUCAAGAUUUGGAUUCCCCAGAAAGAGUUGGGGUAAUUAAAUCAUUAUAAUAAUAUCUUUUAGGCUUUUAAUACAGAUUUAAGAAGAGUUUAAAAAUAUUAAGGAAAAUCAGAAAUUCAUGAUUUCUUAAAAAAAAAUGAUCAAAAUAAUAAAUCAUCUUCACUCAUUUAAUCUUCUAAAAUAAGUCAUGCCUAUUCUAAAACGAUGCAACAAUAAAAUUCACAUCCUGAUUUAAGAGUAUUCUUUAUAGCUAAUUUAGAAUCUUAAAUUUAUGAUUGAUUAUAGCAAGAUGCAACUUAGCUCUGAAAGAACUGCAACCUUGCCUCAAAAUCAAAGUUCUAAAUUCUAAAAUAACAGGAUAAAAACUGAACAAAUCUCUUAGAUGUUAUAUCCUAAGACAACUACAAAUUAUUAGUUUAAUAAACAAACCAAUCUACAAAAAUUAUUUGGAUCUGAUAAAAGAAAAAAAUGA